CAAAUAUUUGUUUCUGCUCUGUAACGGGAAGUUGCAUUCUUACUAUUUUGAAAUCAGCAUUCAACAGGCAGCAGGGUUCGAACCACAAACCACGCCGGGUUCUGCGAAAAGAUGAAGAUGGAGACGGAGAUGGAGGUGGAGGUGGAGGAGCCAUGUGGACCUGUGGACGCGAGUCACAAGCAAGUCUGCCUCGACCUGGAGAAGGCCACCCAGUGCAUCACCCUAGCAUUACAGCAUGAAGUGGUUAAGAACCAGGAGCUCCGCAUGCUGAUUUGUCGUCUGGAAGAGAAGGAGGCGGAGACUGGGCGGAGCCUAACAGAGCAGGUGGAGUCAAACAAGCAGCUGAAGCUGAAGAUCGAUGAACUGCAACAUCUGGGGGAGAAGGACCACUCACUGACACAGGCCAACCAGACUGUGUCUUUCCUGAAGAAUGAACUAAGGGAGCUGCUCCAACAGCUGCACAACCAACGAAGCAACAGGGUGAUGCAGGUCGUGCUUGAGAAACUGCAGGGCUGGGAGCGUCAUUUGGAAGUGAGACACGCACAGCUCAACUCUCCACUCCAGCCGACAGCAGGUGAGGAGUCGCUGGACUGGUCAGAGGUUGUUGCUCCCAAUUUGCUGGUCUCUGGAAUUAAAGAAGAAAAUGCUGUUCCUGGAUAUGAGGAGUGUAGCAGGUUUGAGGGAGCUGACCACAAAGCGGAACAGAGCUCCUCUUCAAAACCCAAACUGACCCAGACUUCGCUGGUCUCGUCUGAAGGUCUGGUGGCUCCUGCAACUGAUGAUGAUGAUUAUGAAGAUGAUGGCGACACUGUCGUCUUCGACGACGACGACGACGACGAAGAUUAUGAAGAUGAUGGUGACACUGACGACGAUGAUGAUGACGAAGAGUAUACAGACUACAGUCGUGCAGUGAAGACAAGAAAGAGAGGAAAGUCCAGAAUAGACCAGACCAGGACUUCCUCUGGAGCCAUUCAAGCUUACCUGCUGCAGGACCCAGCAAUGGACUUGGCGGCACCACCCCCUGUAAGGAAGAGGCGACCGAUAACCAGUAUUGUCUGGCAUCACUUCACGGUCAGCUCAGCGGAUCCGACUAAAGCUAUCUGCAAGUUAUGCAAGGCCAUCAUCGGCCGAGGCAGAGACAAGAGAAAGCUCUCGACGACCCCCAUGCAUAACCAUUUACAAUGCAAGCACUCCGCUCUGCCCAAGACUCCGCCGGCGCAGGGCCAUACACCACCCACUGAUCUAUAAAGAAUACCUGGAUAGAGCAUCUACGUCAAAAUUCUGAAGCCUACAUGGGGGCGGCCAUUAUGGGACCACUUGCCAUAGGAAUGCAUAGACAGUAAGACCUUGUUUACACGUGUCUAGAGUUUGAAAAAAACGGAUAUUUUGAUAUGCGUUUGUUUUAAUAAUCGCGUUUACACGGCAUUCGAUUAAAACAUAUAUCCAUACACACUGGAAUGCAAAACUAUUCCAAAUACGAAUGUUUACAGAAUGACGUCUACUUCUAGGCUACAUCUGCGUGCCUUGCCCUACCCCCUUUCAGUUCAUGGCAGGUGAGGAAAGACGCUAGUUUACCAGUGUAUUAGUUAAUCAGUUUGGCCAAAUUGACAACGUGUUGGAAUGGACGACACAGUAUGAAAGAACUAAUAUGAGAUGGAGAUGAACGGUCAGUUAGGUUAUAUCAGGGCUGAGCGUGACAGUCACGCAAUUUGACCCAUUCUCACACAACACGCCAUACAUUUCUCACACUUAUUUUCCCCUUUCAGUAUUAUUUUCAGGAUAAUAAACUUUGGUCCUUGUCUUGCCUUGCCGUAGUUCGAGCAACUCUGAUUGACUGACCGCAAUAACGAAUCCAUCAGUCUUUUGUGCCUAAAUCUAACCAACCACGGAAGCCAAAACGCAAUAUAAACCAAUGAGAAGCAACGUAAGGCGGGCCUUGGCGUUGAGCGCUGAGUCCCACAUUUAAAAAGA